ACUUGAAUGUGGGCGACUACAGAGAGAUUGUCCCGCUAAACUAGUAAAGCACAAGCAACACAAGUCAGUGGUGCGCGGACCUCCGUGACGGGAGGACGUCAUCGGUGUUGUAAAUUUAUUUUUAAAUAAUAAUAUUAGAAAAUAAUAAAUUCCAGUCAUUUAUUAAAUAAUUAUUUGCAUAUAAAAAGUAAAAUUAUUUUUUAAAUAAUAUUUAAAAAAUAUUACAUAAAUUAAUUAAGCUAGUAUUUUUUCUUUUUCGAGCUUUUGAACUUGAACUGAAUUUUAAUUAUAAUAAAAAAAUAUAUAAAUAAUUAUUUAAAAAUAAUUAAUUAAUUAAUGAUUAAAUAUUUAUCCUUUUAUUUUUUUUUUAUUUGAGUGCCCUGUUGACUUUGAAAAGUUAAAGAAGAAAAAAAAAAUUUAAUACAUAAAAGAAACGAGCUUUUUUUCAAAUCAGCUAAGAGAAACCAAAUGAUAAUGGAGGGUUUAAAUACUUGAAUCAACAAUAUAUAAAUCAAUUCAAUCCAGAUGUAAAUCACCGAGCAAUAUUUAAAUAAAAAAAAAAUUAUAAAUGAAUAAAGUUUUUUUAUUAAAAAAACAAUGUUCAUUUGGCAAUCCUGUAUUGGAUUAGCAUCAAUAUAUGGAAUAAGUCACGUAUAUAAACGUGGCAUUUAUGUAAACAAUGAGUUGCAUUCAAAGCGAAAUGUUUGCCCUUACAAAAUCAGCCAUAAGGUUGUUGAUUGUAAAAAACUUUUUAUUUGGGCAUGUACGUUAUUUAUCCGGCUGAGGACGUCCUUAAAAUUUAUGAGACACCAAUUCAUCAACAAAUAUCAUUAAAUAAUAAUAACAAUAAUCAAAAACAGUGUCAAAAUAAUAAUAAUAAUAAUAAUAAUAAUAAUAAUAAUAAUAUAAAUAAAACUAUAAAAAGUGAAUUAAACAAUAAUAGUGAUUAUAAACUAAAUAAUAAUAAAAAUAAAAAAACAAAAAGUGUUGAUACAUUUAAAUUUGGAAAAAUACGUAUUGGUAGUAAUAAUAAAAAAUUAAAAAACACCAAGAUUAUGCAAAAUAAUCGUGGUGAAGAGGGUAACAACCCUCUUAAAGAUUUAACACAUGCAAAUCUUAAUGAGCCACUUAAACAACACAAUGGAAAUGCUCUUAAACUUGUACAAACUGUAUCAGAGUUUGCCCAGGAGUUGGGAGGAGAAAUGGAGAGUCAUGCGGCCAACGUGCGUAGACUUGUGGAUGAAUUUCGUGGAAGAUCUGGUGAGACACGUGGUGAUGGUGGUGGAAUGAGACGUGUUUGGGAAAAUUUACUACGACAAGUUGAAGCUGAUGCAGCAGCACAUCAAGAUCUUGCUGGUAUAUUACAACAGCAAUUAUCAAGACCAACACUUGAAGCAAGUUUUCAUAGAAAAUUACAAUCACGUAAAGUAUUUGCACAUCGUGAAGCAUAUGAACAAGUUGUUAGUAAAACAGAAGAAAAAUUACAACGUGCAAGAAAUGAUUAUAAACGUGCAUACGCAGUUUUAUUAACAUCAAAUUGUGAUGGAGGUGGUGGUAGUGAACAAGAAGCUAAUCAACGACGUGCUUAUUUAGAAGCACAUAAUUCAUAUGUAUUACAAUUACGUGCAACAAAUGCAAUUGCUGAAAGAUAUCAAUAUCAUUGUUUACCAAGUUUACUUGGUGAAAUUGCUGAAGUUUAUGAAGAAUUAAGUAGUUUAACAUGUAGUUGUGUUGCUGGUAUAUCUGAAGCUGCUGGUGAACGUGCACAAGAAGGUGCAAAACGUUAUCAAUCACUUGGUAAAGAAGCACAAAAUGUUUCGGCUAAUAAUGAUUUACAAUUAUUAGCUAAAAAUUUAUCAUCAUUAUCAACACCUAAAAAACCACCAAGAAGAUUAUUUGUACCAUUAACACCACCAGAACAAAUACCAGUUGAAAGAAUUAAUCAAGUACCAACAUUACGUGAUGAAUUAGUACCAAAUGGACAAAAUUCACAAACAGCACUUGAUGAUUUACGUCGUGAAGCUGAUAAUCUUACACUUGAAAUUGGUAGACUUCAAGAUUCACUUGAUGCACUUAUGCGUAUGCAAAAAAAAAGUGCAGAAGGAAAUUUGCAUACAAAAGUAUCUGAAUUGCAAGAGGAUAUAUCAAUGAAACGAUUUGACCUCGGUGUUGCACAUUUGCACUUUGCUGCUGUGCAAGCUCAGAAGGAAUUAUUUGGUACUGGAGACGUUAGUCCACCGGAUGGUGUUAGCAAUCGAAAAAUGUCGAACGGUUCAAAUGGAAGUACAAAGCACAAAUGGCUCAAGGCUUUUAAAAGUCUCAAAACUAGUUCACCAACAACACCAACGUCAUCUGAAAAAGGAAAGCAAGCAAUGUACCAUGCUGUCUCGACAGUCGUCGCAAUGUCCAGGAAAAAUUUAGAGUCUGAGGGUGGUCACCAGUGGCGAGAAUAUACUUAUCGUAAAAUAACACCAUGUGAUGGUUGUGGCCAGGUGUUACGUGGACAUAGUCGUCAGGGUCUCAGAUGUCGUAGUUGCAAAGUAAAUGCUCAUGCUGAUUGUAUUAAUCUCGUUCAACCAACAAAUUGUCCAAGUCUUGCACCAAAACGCGGUGGUGGUAUCCCACUUUUACGACGUCAAAAAACAACUCAAUUAUCUGUUGAUGAUACACCGUCAACUGAGCACACAGAUGUGGAUGCAACAUAUCAAGUACUUAAACAAGCUGGUGAAAUACGUGGAAAUUCAACAAGUUCACCACCAACACCACCAACUACUACUGAUCAUUCAUCUGGUGGUGGUCCAUUGUCAGGAAGAACAGCAACGUCCCACCCCUGUUCCUCGUCCACCUCUGAUAUCAUGAAACACGAAGCACCACAUAGCCCACAACGUAGACGCGAAAGAUUGAAUCUACGGAUGAAGAGUUUGAGCUUGGAUUCUCCAGAGGGUUCAGCACAUGUCAGACAUCGUCCACGAGAUUACUAUCCAGGUCACAAGGAUGCAACACCACCAAGACACUCAGACAGUGGAAGUAUAAAUCGAUUAUCACCAUGCAGUUCAGGUCAUGGUCAUUCUGUUCAUCGUCAUAUACGUGGUGCAACAAUUAGAAUGUCAAGUAUGGAAUUACCAGAUGAUAAUGAAAAAUCAUAUUCAUCAGCAAGCACAUCACCAUGUCCAUCACCACAUACUAAUAAUCAGUCACAUUUAAAUUUACCUGGUAAAAGAGUAUUACCACCAAACAAUCUUUAUGUUAUUCUUUAUAAUUUUGAUGCACGUCAUCGUGAUGAAUUAGAUUUAAAAGCUGGUUAUAAGGUAACUGUUAUUGAUAAAUCAGAAAAAGAUUGGUGGAAAGGAAAAUGUUUGGGUGGUAGAGCUGGAUAUUUUCCUAGUGCCUAUGUUAUGAGAGUUGAAUCAGGUCAAAAAACUUUACAAGUUACAAGAAAUUUACAACUUGCUGAUUCAGUAACACUAUUAAGAGAUCAAAUUGUUAUACAAGUUGGUGAUGAAGUUGAUGGUGUUGCACAAAUAAGAUGUGCAGCUGACACAAGAUCAUCUGGUCAUGUUAAUGAAGACGGUGAUGUUAGACAUCGUGAGGUAUUGUGUCCUCUUAAAUAUCUUCAGGAAGUGUGACGUAAGCCUAAAAAAAUUAAUUAUUCAAAUAUUGGUAAUGAUUGUUGGCUUGAAUGUAAAAAUUCUCUAAAACGAAAUAAAAGAGGAGUUGAAAAAUUUUAUGAUUGUUUACAAUGUAAUGAUUAUUGUCAUCAUAUUAAUGAUAAUAAUAAUAAUAUUAAUGGUAUUAAAAAUUAUUGCAAUAUAAAUGGUAAUAAAAAUGAAUGUAUUAUUAAACAUUUAAAUUAUGAUAAAUUAAUAAUUAAAAAUAAAAAAUUAAAAAAUAAUAUGUUAAAUACAAUUGCUGAUGCAGAAACAACGACAUCAUCAUCAUCAACAACAACAACAACUACAACAACAACAAAAACAACGAUUAAUGAGCCAAAAUUUAUAUUAAAAAAUUAUAAUUAUGAUUUAAUAACAAGUAAAAAAAUAAAUAUUAAUAAUUGUUUAUCAAUUAAUCAAAAUUUACAAAAACCAAUAAUACAAAAAUCAUCAUCACUUGCAAGACCAGUUCGUAUUUAUGAUUCAUCAAUAAAUAAUAUAAAUACAAUAUCAUUAACUGAUUAUUCAAUUGAUGAUACAUCAUAUUAUGACGAUGAUUAUUUAAAUCAAGAUGACGAGACAGUUUAUUACAAAGGUGGUGUACCAUUUGAUGAUUAUUCCGACAGUGAUAAUGGCUGGCCAAUACGUUUACGUCUUGAAGAAAUGCUUGAGCUAACAUUAUCACGUGGUAAACGUAGAAAAUAUAUGAAAACACAUAAACAUAAAAAAGUCACAUUAACAAGUAAACAUGGUAAUUACAAGGAUACUGAAAAAUUACUACAAGUAUUUAGUAUCAAUAAUGUGGACCAAGAUUGUAGGUACAAUGUCAAACGAUGCUCGCUCAUGUAGAUCAUAUUUAAAUUGUUGUUGAAUCAUCAUCAUCAUCAGGUAUUAACUGCGAGUGCUCGUGUCAUCAUACAUUUGCUCCUUUUCAUCAAGUUUAUUCAAAUGAAAAAAAAAAUAUAUAUACAUAAAUAUUAAUAAAAUAGUAAAUGCAAUUUUUUAAAAAUAUUAUUCGGUAGAUGGGCUAUCCAUCCAACGGCUCUUCCUGCAUAAAUGCUACAUUAUUAUUAUUUUGUUUUUAAAAUUAAUUUUCCACGUGUAACAUUUUUUUUAUAGAAUUUUUUGAGUUUUCAAAAUAAAAAAAAAACACAGCAGUUUAAAUAAUAUUUAUUCAAGCAUUAAAAUAAUAUUAAAGUAUUUUUUUUUUUUCUUCGUCAUUUUGGAUAUCAUAUAAAGCAACUUGUUGGCUUUACCUUUUAGCCUAAAUGAAAAGCCGUCCUUUUCAAAUUAAUGUCAUCCAAAAAAAAAGGAAAGUCAAAGUAACUCAAUCAAUGCCGAUUUUUAUUAUCAAAUUUUCUAAUUUUCAAUGAAAAAAAAAACAAAAAAAAAAACGAAAAAAAAAAGUAAAUAGUAGAAAUAAUAAUAGUGAAAAUUAAUUCCCAUAUAGCAUAUUUUUUUAUGCUGCUUUUGGCAAAUUAUUAUAAUUAUUAUUAUUUGAUUUUUUUUUUCUGAAAAAUGCGCUUUAUCCAAAGAUUAUUGUUAUCUUUUUUUUUUACCAUUUUUUGCGAGAUGCCCAUCAUUAUAUUUAUCUCAAUGAAAAUUUACAAAUUAUUACAUAAGUUCCCAGUUCCUCUAUAGUGAUUAGAGUUACUUAUUUUAAUAUAUAACUAAAAUAAAAGAUAAAAAAAAAAGGGUUACUUAUUAUGACGUAUUUUAUCUCGUUGACCAGUCGAUAAAAAAAAAAUUAUAUAUAUAAGUAUAUUUGAAUUAAAUGGAGAGAAUAAUAAAAUUAAAAAAAAAAAAAAAAAAAAAA